UUUGUUUUGCUGCCGCCACCACAGCGGCGUCCCACGUGUGCGCGCUGCUCUCCCGUCACGUGCCCUUGAAUGGCACCAACGACGGACACGACGCCAGGCGCGCACCGCAAGAUGGAAAACGACCGCGAGGAAGAAGGGCCGAGAGGAACCAAAAGAAAGAUUUCUCUUUCGAACUGUGGCGUGUGUGGAUCAGAAGAGGCGAAGUACAGGUGUCCCGCCUGUCUGGCAAAUUCCUGCAGCUUGCUGUGUGUGAAGAAACACAAGGAUGAUACGGGAUGCAGUGGCGUCAGGAAUAAAACUGCCUUUGUAACCAUCUCAGAGUUUGAUGAAAUGACACUUCUCAGCGACUACAGGCUUCUGGAGGAUACGGGGCGAUUUGCUGGCGGUGCCACCAGAGACAAACUCGUCCAAGUUCCUCGUUCCACUGCAAGAGCAAAGAGGCUUGCAGCCGGCGCCAGAAAGCUAAAUAUCACCUUGAGGUUCCUCCCCAUCACCUUCACCAAGAGCAAAGAAAACUCUACGCUCUUCUUCACCAAGGACAAACUGUUCCUGUGGCACGUGAAGGUUAUCUUUCCUCAGAGCAGCACUGAGUUCAGUCAGAGGAGGGUGUUAGAUGGGCAAACCCUGGAGCAGAUCCUCACUCCUUACAUCCACCCUACAGAGUCGGACCCGGUGACGCGCCAAAAGCUGAAGGUGUAUGUGCGCACGCCGUUUGAUCACGUGAAAGUCUUCAUGAAAGCAGAGGGGAGAAAAGCUAACUCUGUCAGGUACCAUGAGUUGGACAUUUGCAAGACCCUAAGAGACAACCUGAGCUACAAAACAAUAAUUGAAUAUCCCGUGCUUCACGUUGUACUCAGAGAACAUUGGAAGGAGUUUCCACUAAAAGGAUCAGCUGAUCCUGCCUCAGCCUGCAAAAGAGUUGCGUUACAAAAGGAGCUGCAGGACCAAGAAAACAACCGUGGCGUCCAAGUUUCACCAUUCCUGGGAGGGGCCUCCGAGACCGUCCCCGAAACGGAGCAUCCACCAGUGAAAAGGGCUACGAGAGAAGCCGAGGAGGGGGAUGUAGAGGAGGGAGAGCUCGUAGACAGCAGUGAGGAGGAGGAGGAGGAGGAGGAAGGAAACACUACAUGUGGUAAGAGCACUGACAGUGGCAACAGGCUCGCUGAUGAGCUGGAGGUGAUUGCAGGCGAACCAGAAGGCAGCGCGGACGGCGUUAAUUAACGCGGCGCCCGGGCAGCGGACGUCUCCGGUUCCUUCCAAUGACAAUCGAGCUGUCAGGAAAGUGCCGAGGUCAGCAUGACUAAGGGAUGUCCCCGUCGUCAUGUCAAUGAGUCGGCUAAUGCCGCUGACAGCUGUGGCCUGGAAUGAUGCCCAGAUGUGAAAUGGACAAGGAGGCAGCCGUAUCUGACAGGAAGUCCCCCCCCCCCCCCCCCCCUCGCGUGUCAGCGUCCAGCGGAGCGAUGUGUUCUCGGCUGUCCUGACAUUGACAGUGAUUGAUACCGCUGUAUCCUUGUGUGUAUAUAGAUGGAAGCAAUGAAAUGUUAAUUAUUAUUAGUCUUUGCCACAUGUGUGUCGUAUUCCUGCUCUUCUGUAGCAGAUGCUGACCAAAUGUCAUCUAAGGGUAAUCUCAUCUGUACGUUCCAUCUGUAGGAUCAUGUUUUACCGGGAACCAGGGGUGGGGUUGUACCUACUGAGAAGGAUUUAUAUCUCUAUAAAUUCAUAUCUUGAGGUACAUUCAAGACACUUCCAAUCAUCAUUAUCAGACCUCACCUAUUCAAAAUGAUUCAUGAGCUCCUGAAUACCUAAUAAAUGGAGUUUGAGGCCACACUGUUCCCAGGUGAGUAGGACUCCAAACAAACUAUCUGCUGAGCAAGAUCGAGUGAUAUAUAACUUAAAGUACUCUCUUGCUAAUUUAAUGUCAUUAUAAAGCUUUAAAGUUUGAACACAUUUAGUUUUUUAUCCAUCUAGCAUCUCCUGUCCUCUAAAGAGUCAGGGCAUCUUAAAGAAAAUUUGUAUUCAUGAAGCUCAGCAGUAAAAGAAGUCUUUGUUCUACACUCAGUACGUCAUCUGUUCCUUUUUUGACUGUUUAUUUUUAAUUAAAAGCUAAAGCACACCAGCAUCUCGCUGUGCCUCCAUCAC